AUGAUACCGAGAUCAUUAGUGAUUGGACCCAUACUACGAUAUCAGGUCCUCCUGGUUACAAGAAUGAUAAGUACAAGAUCGAGCCUUGGUGCUAAAUACUCUUUCAAAAAGGAUCUCAGGUCAUCAAAUAGAAAUUAUAUUAUAGAGGAACCUAAACAAUAUCAGAAUCCGAAGGUUCAACAUAUUUACAAUGAAGUGGCCACAUAUUUAUCUGGAGAUACUGACAGGAUGCCUAAUAAUAUCAAAAGUAAGGUUCUACAAAGAAAAUUGGUCUUGUUAUUGUCAUUAGAUGGGGUUCAAGAAAAAAGUGAAAUUAUGGAAGUAUUGGAAUUAGUGGUGAACAGCGGACUCAAGAAACAGGUUCCAUUAGAAAUUUCAGUAUUAGUAUUCAGUAAGUAUUACAAUGAGAUAAUAGAAAGUGAUUCUACUUUUGCAAAUUUGGUAGUUAAUUCGUUACUUUCAAACAUAAAUAAAUUACCAACAACAACAGUAAUUCAAUUGAUUGACUACACACAAGACAAAAAGGUGGCCGAUUUGAGUGUAAUCUUGAAAAGCUUGCAAACUAGAGUUCAAUUCAACGACUUUAUUGAAGAAUACUUAUUCCAUUUAAAAGAAAAUGGCAAAUUCAAUUUGAAAACAUUUGAGGAGCUAAUUACAUUGGACGAAAUACAUGAUAAUUUGAUUACAUACUUAGACGAGUACAUCCAACUCCUUUUUGAAGAUAAUAUUCCUGAGGUGCAUUGCUAUGCUAAUUUAGAGUAUAACUUGGAUAGGAUUCAAAUGUUGUUGAAUAAUUUGAUUGAAAAGGUGGAUUUUGAAGAUAUUUCCGUUGAAUCAUUAAUAAAACUAUUUAAAUUAAACUGGGAAAUUUUGUCUGCUAAUAAAUGUGAGGCAUCGGCAAGGAAUGGGGACAGAAUUUUGAAUUAUUUGCAGGAUAAAGGAGAGUCUGUUAAAAGUUUCAUUUUUAAACAGAAUCUAGAUGAUGAAUCUUUACUUGAAAUAAUAUUGGUGUCAGGUUGGAGCUAUCCCAGUAAGGCUUUGGCUAAAGAAGUUUCAAACUUUGUUAUUGCAGACGAUGUAAAGUUUUCUCCCUAUAUAAGAUUUCAACUGGACGUUUAUCGUUUAGCUCAUUCAAACUUGCCUGACCAAGAAUUAUUUGAUCAAUUAAUUAAGAAAAUCCCACAAGAUUUGGACAGAGACUUAGUAUGUGAAAAGGUGAUACAGGCAUUGAUGACAUCUAACAUAUCUCCAACUGCUCCUAUUCUUGACAGGAUAAUUUCGGAAUUGGGUGUUGAACAAUCUGUUUAUUCAUAUAAAUAUAGAAUUGAUAAGGCAAUUUCAAAGAAUGAUCACGAGCUGGCUUUGAAGUUGUAUAAUGAAAGUAUCAGCAAUGUUACACAAUGGCCCGAAUAUACACAUGACCCAUCUGUUGUACUUACGUUGAAUAACUUAAUUCAAUGCUUGGUCAACAAUUUGUCUAUGAAGGAAGCGUUCCCUUUGUUUCAAAACGUCAAAUCACAGUUGCAAAAGGAAAUAAAUAUUGAUACAAUAAAUGCGAUAGUUCCAAAAAUUCUACAAGAAGAUAUGACGGGAGAUAUAAUUGAAUUAAUGAAUCGAGAGUUGCCUAAAAUUCCUAAGGACCUGCCGGUUAAGUUGCCCAUCGAGCAGCCUUUUGGGUAUAAAUAUUAUCAGUUGUUUGACACCAUCCAUGAAUACUGUAUAACAAAUACCAAAGAUAAGCGUAUGGUAAAUAACUGGUAUUUAUACACACAUUGCUACAACUAUUUUUUUAUUCCACACGAUCGGAUCUUACCCACAAUGAAAUUUUUUUGUGAAAAUGAAAGAUGGAACGGAGCUCUCAGAAUUUUUAAAAAAGUCAUUGAAAUGUCACAGUUGCAUGGUGAACACAAUCACAAACCUCCUACACGUGAAAUGUAUUUAUAUUUGAUUAAUGAGUUUGGGGACAAGUUGUACGAAGAUGGAGUGAUUGAAGUUCAUGAAUUAUUGAAAAUGGACUUAAAUCUACCCAAGCAGGAUAAGGAAUUACUGCAUAGUAUUAUGAGUGCUUACUGCAACUUGCAAGAUGUCGGUAAAGUGCGAGACAUUUUUUUGUCAAUGAGUUUGGAACCGAAGGAUGCGGGUGGAGUUGAUGAAACAAGCGCAACGAUAAUGAUCAAAGCAUAUACAUAUAAUGACUUGAUCUAUGUUCAGAAAUUUUGGGAUAACCUCUCAAUGUUUGGAUUGGUUCCGGAUUAUCAAAUGUUCAAGCAAUACUUGAUUGCUUAUUCGUAUCAUGGGUACAUUGAAAAAUCAAUUGAGAUAGUAAACUCGAUUCAGGAUUAUGAGUUAGAAUUGACUAGCGACUUGCUCAUCAGCAUGCAUAAUUUCUGCUAUCAAAUUGAGGGUCAAGAAAAGUUGAAAAGCUGGGCUCAGUUAAAUCAUCCAGCAAUUUGGCAACAAGCUGUUGAAUCAGGAAAACUAAUUGAUGCUUCGGGAUAUAAACCAAAUGAGAAUUUUCUUGUUGAUGGAUCAAGUAGUGAUCCAAAACAUAUAUCUGAGCCAAUAUUUAAAUAG